AAAAGGGGUUUAGGAUGCACGUCAAUUACAUGUGACAAAAAAAGGAUGCACGUCAAUUCUUUAUAUCAGGAAUCUUCACGUAAGGCAAACUUAAUAUCGUUUUUGAAAAGAACAAAAGUCAACGUGAGAUACACUCACGCGAGUCGCGACCACCCAAGAUCAGAAAACAAUCCGUUCAACAGAAGGAAUUUCGGCGACGUCAAUCCAUGAUCUACUAUCGGAGACAAGAUAUUUAUAGCGCUGCACAAUCAUAAAUCAUUCGUUUCAACGUCUUGCUGCAAAAGUAUACAGGCGACAACAUCAAAGAAGCUAUCAAAUCAAUAUACUGAGAUGGAAAGCUUGGUAGUUCCUUGUCAAGAAAUUCAAAUCAAAAUUGAUUACCCGAUAUCCAGAAAGAAAAGGAAAUAUACUAACCUCGCUGAUGCCGAGCCCAUUGUCCUGAUGUCUGUUUUAAGUAGUCUCCACGCUGGAUAUUUCAGAAUAAGCCUUUCUCUUUGUAGCCAAGCUUUAUUGUGGAAGACAAUGGUACAUUUGCAUAGUGAUCUCCCGUCUAUGCCGUCUUAUCUCCUGUGGUAUUUAGCACUUGCAACACAAGUAUCACUUUGUUUUCUGUAUGCUUUCAAGUGUAUUUUCUUCUUUGACUUGGUGAAGGAGGAGUUCUCACAUUACAUUGGAGUGAACUAUCUUUAUGCUCCUUCCAUUUCAUGCCUUCUCUUGCUUCAAUCAGCUCCUCUGUUGGAGCCACACAGCGUUUUGUACCAGACAUUAUUUUGGCUGUUUACUGCUCCGAUCUUGACCCUGGACACAAAGCUUUAUGGCCAAUGGUUCACAACAGAAAAAAGGUUUUUGUCGAUAAUGGCAAACCCGGCAAGCCAAGUUUCAGUGAUAGCAAACCUAGUGGCUGCAAGAGGAGCAGCAGAGAUGGGCUGGAGAGAGUGUGCUCUAUGCUUGUUCUCGCUCGGGAUGGUUCACUAUUUAGUUAUCUUUGUCACACUUUAUCAACGCUUACCAGGCGGAAACAACUUCCCAACCACUCUGAGGCCAGUUUUCUUCUUGUUCUUUGCUGCACCAGCCACCGGAAGUCUAGCUUGGAACUAUAUUUCUGGAACCUUUGAUACAGUAGCAAAGAUGUUAUUCUUCUUGUCGCUCUUCAUCUUUGUAUCCCUGGUAUGUAGGCCAACUCUUUUGAAGAAGUCGAUAAAAAGAUUCAAUGUUGCAUGGUGGGCUUACUCGUUCCCAAUCACCUUUCUUGCGUUAGACUCGGUUCAGUAUGCUCAAGAGGUGAAAGACCACGUGGCUUCGGCAUUGAUGUUUAUUUUCUGCUCCAUAUCAGUGUUGAUAUUCCUCGGUGUAAUGUUACUGACAGCAGCAAACGGAAAAAGACUGCUCAGACGUGAUCCUGUCCUCUGGUCUGCUACUGCUCCAAACGACAGAUAAAAAAACCGUAGUGGGUUAAACCACAUGUGCGAUAUAAAUAAUAUCUAGCUGAUUAAGAAUUGUAUAAAACGUUUUUUAUAGGUUAUUGUGAUUAAGUUUUUUUUUUUUGAAACCUGGUUAUUGUGAUUAAGUUGUUCGAUGGGUUCAUGUUUUGAUAAACAUCAGUUCUAAUUUAUUGUUUUGAUUU